AUGAACAAAUAUGUUAUGGAAAAGAAGCUUGGAAGCGGAAGCUAUGGAACCGUUUUCAUUGUGCAUCCUGUGUCCAACGUUGAUAAAAAGUAUGUCAUGAAGAAGAUUGCUCUGAAAGGAGUGUCGCAGAGAGAAAAAAAUAACGCUAAACAAGAAGUCAAGCUUCUUCAAGCUCUGCAACAUCCUUUCAUCGUCCGAUACAUUGAUUCUUUCAUAGAUGACGAAAGCAAUCUUUGUAUUGUGAUGAGCUAUUGCAAAGGAGGCGAUUUAGCUUCAUUCAUUCAGAAAAAUUACACGUAUCAAAGAAUUCCAGAAAAAACAAUUUUGAAAUUAUUUGUCCAGUCGGCAUUGGCCCUUCUUUUCAUUCACUCCCAAAAAAUAUUACAUAGAGACCUGAAGUCACAAAAUAUUUUUCUAACAGAGAAGGGAAAUGCAAGAUUGGGUGACUUUGGUAUUGCAAAAGUCUUUGAUGACGCUGGAAUGAGAACAUGCGAACAAAUGGCACAAACAACGAUCGGUACACCUCUGUACAUGAGUCCAGAGCAAUGUAAUGGUUCAAAAUACAGUUACAAAUCAGAUGUUUGGGCUCUUGGAGUGAUACUGUACGAGAUGAUCAAUCAGGGAGCUCUCCCUUUCAAAGGAAAAAACAUUCAGCUACUGUUCUUGAAUAUUCAGAAAGGAUACUAUGCUCCUGUAAAGAAUGUGCAUCAUUACAGCAGUCAGCUUGUGAAUUUAAUUAACAGCUGUCUUCAAACUAGGCCUAGCAAAAGACCAACUCUUAAGGAAAUUUUAAACACUCCUAUUAUUGUAAAAUAUAUUCGACAACAAAUGCUCACAGUCACCUCCACAGGCGAACUAACUUUGGCCCAAGACCAAGUAGAAGACACUGUUCUUGACGGCGAAAUGUCCAAUUUAUUUAUUCAACUAACUGAGCUUGGAAUUUUAAAUAAUAAGGCUCUAAACCAAGACCCCCUUCCCGUUCCAAACUUGUCUGUGCUACAACCCAUAGUUCCUCCAAACCCCAACUACAAUGUCGCCAAGAAAGCAAUUGUUCCACCACAGCCACGAAAUCAAUCACCCGUUCCUGAAAAAAUUCCUCCAAACCCCAACCAAAACCACAACCACCAUCCAGACCUCAAUCAUCCAACAAUGAUGUCGCUUUACGUGAAAAGAAAAUAG